UUGACUGCUUAAUUUGGAGAUAGGUCCGGCUGUUGGAUCAUGCCCAUGCUGCCAUUGGCCAGUUAUUCGUGCGAUUGACAGGUUGGAGCCCCGCCCCCCGUCCCGACGCUUUAUUGUUACUAAUGAGCAAAUUGUGUGCAUCGCUCUCCUGUGCGCUAGUGCUGACAGAUCCGGGCUACAAAUUACAAUUACUCGCUCUAAUGUGUGUCCGGCACGCCGUGUAGUCCGUGUCAGUCUCACUGCUUCAAGCUCUGAGCUACAAGGGAGGGAAGGCAACUUCUCCGCUGGGAUAGGCAGAAGGAAAGGCGCCCUCAUCCUCAAAGGAAGGGGAUGCCAUAGGCAUUGCUAGGACUUCUGUGGGAGUUAGGGGAGUCGGAACCGGGAUGGCAGAGAAGAGGCGAUCGCCUUGUACAAUGAGCUUGAAGGCUCACGCUUUCUCGGUGGAGGCACUUAUAGGAGCAGAGAAGCAGCAGCAGCAGAAGAAAAAGCGCAAAAGAGCUGAAGACGGCGCUGUGGAGAGGGUUGCACACUCGGAUGGGGCAGAUGGUGCUUCUUCUCUGCACCUCCCGCAGCCUGGACCCCCAGAGCUGGAGCACUCAGUGUGCAGCAUCCUGGCUUCAUCACCGUGCGAAGAUACCUAUGGAGGAGUGAAGUCUGGAAAUGGACCUUGCCGCUCUCCCAUCACACCCCCGGCAGUGCCAGCCCAAACAGCUCCAGUCCGUGUGGACCUUCAGGGUGCAGAACUUUGGAAACGUUUCCAUGAAAUUGGCACAGAAAUGAUCAUCACCAAGGCCGGGAGGAGGAUGUUCCCAGCGAUGAGAGUGAAAAUCACCGGGCUAGACCCCCACCAGCAGUACUACAUUGCCAUGGAUAUAGUGCCUGUGGACAAUAAAAGAUACCGCUAUGUGUAUCACAGUUCGAAAUGGAUGGUGGCCGGUAACGCGGACUCUCCUGUGCCCCCUCGUGUUUAUAUACACCCUGACUCCCCAGCCUCAGGGGAAACAUGGAUGAGACAGGUCAUAAGCUUCGACAAACUGAAACUUACCAAUAAUGAACUUGAUGAUCAAGGCCAUAUUAUCCUUCAUUCAAUGCAUAAAUACCAGCCUCGUGUCCAUGUCAUCCGCAAAGACUGUGGAGAAGAGCUGUCACCAGUGAAACCCAUUCCUGUCGGGGAAGGGGAGAAGGCCUUCUCAUUUCCAGAAACCAUAUUCACCACUGUGACUGCAUAUCAGAAUCAGCAGAUAACGCGACUAAAAAUUGACAGAAAUCCCUUUGCUAAAGGAUUUCGAGACUCAGGACGCAACAGAAUGGGUUUAGAAGCACUUGUUGAAUCAUAUGCAUUUUGGAGACCAUCUCUCAGGACACUGACAUUUGAAGAUAUACCUGGAAUUCCAAAACAAGGUAGUGCAGGUGCUUCCUCUCUACUUUCAGGAUCUGGAGCUGCAAAUAGCCACGCUCACUUGUUGCCAGGUUCACCCUGCUCCUCACCUGCAUUCCAUAUUGGUGCAAACACCAGCCAGCUUUGUGGCCUUACUCCAGGAGAUUACUCAGCAUGUGGUCGAUCAAGUCUUGCACUUAACAGAUACAGUACAACACUAGCAGAAACAUACAACAGACUUACAAACUCAACAAGUGAAAGUUUUGCAACACCAAGGACCCCUUCCUAUGUUGGGAUGACAAGCAGCACUGCAAUGAACAUGUCCAUGGCUGGAAAUGACAAUGAAACUUUUGGAUGUCCCCAAACAAGUUUAUCAAUGCAGAUUUCUGGAAUGUCUCCACAGCUCCAAUACAUCAUGCCUUCUCCAACAAGUAAUGCGUUUAGUAGCAGCCAACCACACCAAAGCUCUUAUAAUGCAUUUAGAUUACACAGCCCAUGUGCUUUGUAUGGGUACAACUUUUCUACAUCACCAAAACUGGCCUCUAGCCCUGAAAAGAUUCUCUCUUCACAAGGAAGUUUUUUAGGUUCUUCUCCAAGUGGUACAAUGACUGAUCGGCAGAUUCUCCCACCUGUGGAAGGCGUGCACCUUCUAAGCAGUGCUGGACAACAGAAUUUUUUUGACUCCAGAAGUCUUGGAGGUUUACCUAUUUCCUCUUCUCAAAUAUCUGCGCAUAUGGUUUAAUGGAAUGCACAGUGGGAACGUCUUUCCUUCCUUACAAGAACUUGUCUGUAUAUCAAUUAGUAUGUAUAUAUUUUAUAACAAAAUGCACUAAAGCUCUCUUUAUUAACUAUGCUACAAUCAAUUUCCUCAUGUAACUUACUCAUGAACAAAAUGGUUUUUAACAAGAAUAAUCAUUCACCAGAGACCAAAAGACAUUAUCACAAACCAGUUUUUAGAGAACUCUUUUAUAUAGUAGUUUUUAUCCAUUCACAUCUGAAUAAUUAAUAAUAUUUUUGUUUUACAAAAAAAAGAAUGGCAAGUGUAUGCCAGUCAUGAAAGAAAAGCUCCACACAAUGUUAACCAUGAAUAAAAAGCAUCUCUUUUAGGAAAUGUUAUUAGUCAGAACCCAGCAUAACUAAUAAAGAACACUUAUCAUUAGAUAUAAUCAUAUAAAAUGCCUAGUCUUGCAGUUAAAGAACACUAUGCCCUUAGAAAAACUGAAGUUGAAAAGAUCGUAAAUCAUUAUUUAUUUAAUAUAUACACUUCACCUCCUCACCCCUUUUUAAUAAUAGUUGCUGAGUUGGGAGUAUCAUUCUUUGUAAAUCAAACUUUUUUGCACUACAGUGUUAAAGAGACGCUAUUGAAAGUUACGGUAAUUCAAUUUAUUUGAGUUUUAAAAGGUUAUAGCCACUUUUUUGCUUACAUAUUUUGUUUUCAUGAUUCUAGCUCAGUCUCACUAGAAAGAGUUUGUUUCAAAUUUCUCCGAUGUAAGAGCAGAUAAGAAACAAAUAAAAACAUAUGAUUAUGG